AUGGUCCCUGUACAGUCUUUCACAGGUGGGCUGCUGGGCACAGGUGGGGCUGCUGGUCACAGGUGGGGCUGCUGGUCACAGGUGGGGCUGCUGGUCACAGGUGGGGCUGCUGGUCACAGGUGGGGCUGCUGGUCACAAGUGGGGCUGCUGGUCACAGGUGGGGCUGCUGGUCACAGGUGGGGCUGCUGGUCACAGGUGGGGUUGCUGGUGCUGGUGCUGGCGGCUGGCGCUGGUGCUGGUUCCUGGUGCUGGCAGCUGGCACUGGGGCUGGUUCCUGAUGCUGGCGGCUGGCGCUGGGGCUGGUUCCUGGUGCUGGCGGCUGGCGCUGGUGCUGGUUCCUGGUGCUGGCGGCUGGCACUGGGGCUGGUUCCUGGUGCUGGCGGCCGGCGCUGGGGCUGGUUCCUGGUGCUGGCGACUGGCGCUGGGGCUGGUUCCUGGUGCUGGCGACUGGCGCUGGGGCUGGUCCUGGUGCUGGCGGCUGGCGCUGGGGCUGGUUCCUGGUGCUGGCGGCUGGCGUUGGGGCUGGUUCCUGGUGCUGGCGGCUGGCGCUGGGGCUGGUUCCUGGUGCUGGCGGCUGGCGCUGCGACCGCCGGUGCGACGGGCGAGGUGCAAGGUGGCGCUGGCUGCAGUCGAUGGCGCAAACGCGAUCGCGGGCCGCUGGCGACUUCGCUGGCGGGUCGCUGGCGGCGGGUCCGCUGGCGUUCGCCAUAG